AUGUCACCACAAACAGAGACUAAAGCAAGUGUUGGAUUCAAAGCUGGUGUUAAAGAUUAUAAAUUGACUUAUUAUACUCCUGACUACGAAACCAAAGAUACUGAUAUCUUAGCGGCAUUCCGAGUAACUCCUCAACCUGGGGUUCCGCCCGAAGAAGCAGGAGCUGCAGUAGCCGCCGAAUCGUCCACCGGUACAUGGACAACUGUGUGGACUGAUGGACUUACCAGUCUUGAUCGUUACAAAGGACGAUGCUACCACAUCGAGAGCGUUGUUGGGGAGGAAGACCAAUAUAUUGCUUAUGUAGCUUAUCCUUUAGACCUUUUUGAGGAAGGUUCUGUUACCAAUAUGUUUACUUCCAUUGUAGGUAAUGUAUUUGGUUUCAAAGCCCUACGAGCCCUACGUCUGGAGGAUCUGCGAAUUCCUACUUCUUAUUCCAAAACUUUCCAAGGCCCACCGCACGGCAUCCAAGUUGAAAGAGAUAAGUUGAACAAGUAUGGCCGUCCCCUAUUGGGAUGCACUAUUAAACCAAAAUUGGGGUUAUCCGCAAAGAACUACGGCAGAGCCGUUUAUGAAUGUCUACGUGGUGGACUUGAUUUUACCAAGGAUGAUGAAAAUGUGAACUCACAACCAUUUAUGCGUUGGAGAGACCGUUUCUUAUUUUGUGCCGAAGCACUUUUUAAAGCACAGGCCGAAACAGGCGAAAUCAAGGGACAUUACUUGAAUGCUACUGCGGGUACAUGUGAAGAAAUGAUGAAAAGGGCUAUAUUUGCAAGAGAAUUGGGAGUUCCUAUCGUAAUGCAUGACUACUUAACAGGGGGCUUCACCGCAAAUACUAGCUUGGCUCAUUAUUGUCGCGAUAACGGCCUACUUCUUCACAUCCAUCGUGCAAUGCAUGCAGUUAUUGAUAGACAGAAAAAUCAUGGUAUGCAUUUUCGUGUACUAGCUAAAGCAUUACGUAUGUCUGGUGGAGAUCAUAUUCACGCUGGUACAGUAGUAGGUAAACUAGAAGGGGAACGCGAGAUGACUUUGGGUUUUGUUGAUUUAUUACGUGAUGAUUUUAUUGAAAAAGACCGAAGUCGCGGUAUUUUUUUCACUCAAGAUUGGGUCUCUAUGCCGGGUGUUAUACCCGUGGCUUCUGGGGGUAUUCAUGUUUGGCAUAUGCCUGCUCUGACCGAAAUCUUUGGGGAUGAUUCCGUACUACAGUUCGGUGGAGGAACUUUGGGGCACCCUUGGGGAAACGCACCUGGUGCAGUAGCUAAUCGGGUGGCUUUAGAAGCGUGUGUACAAGCUCGUAAUGAGGGACGUGACCUUGCUCGUGAAGGUAAUGAAAUUAUCCGCGAAGCUAGCAAAUGGAGUCCUGAACUAGCUGCUGCUUGUGAAGUAUGGAAGGAGAUCAAAUUCGAAUACAAGCCAGUAGAUACACUAGACGUGUAG